GUUCUCGGCUUGCUCGUCUCCGGCAAUGACCAGGCCAACGAGGACCGGAGCGAGCAUGACCAAGUUUUGUCGCGCUUUGCAGAGCUUGGUUACGUGACAGUGUUCAAGAAAGUGUGCAGCAGCGGAUGCGGCAUUCCGAUGACUCGACGGAGAGCUCAUUAUCAGCUGUUGGAUAGCAAGGCAGUCACGAAUGCACCAGCCCAGAUGCUGAGGUUGGCUUCUGUGUGGGAUGAGGUCAUGAAAGGCCAGUACAAGCACAGGAGCCUGGAUGAGUUCCUGGUUCCCCCAACGAGUACCUACUUCAAGAAGUGUCAGGCCCAGCUGAAGCAGCAGGACCCAGACCCCGCCGUCCCCGAAGCAGCUCGCUGGAAGUUGAUGCAUGCCAAGAUCUUCCAAGAGCAUGAG